AAAUUAUCGCUUCCUACAAGAGCCACUUGAACACUAUAGAAAAAUGCACCUAUCAAACUAGUUUCUUAUCGAUCGAUUGUCACCUUAGGAAUGAAAAAAUUCAAGUUCUUUAUCAAGGUAAAUCCAAUGAAUGAUUAGCGAGGAAUUUUCCAUAUUUUUACUAUUAUUGUCACAUUGCGAUAUGAAAGACUAUAAACACACUUGCAGUGACAAUAACUUAUCAGUAGAAGUUGGUGCAUCAUGUUGAAGUUAACAUUUCUAUUUAUUACAUUCGCACUUGGUGUUCAGUCAAUCAACAAUAAUUGGUGGAGGGACGCUAUAAUUUAUCAAGUUUAUCCACGAAGUUUGAAGGAUAGUAAUGGAGAUGGGAUCGGAGACCUUAAUGGAAUAACUAGCAAGUUGACACACAUAAAGGACAUUGGAGCAGAUGCUCUAUGGCUUUCACCAAUUUACUCGAGUCCACAAGUAGAUUUUGGUUAUGACAUUUCCAACUUUACUGAUAUUGAUCCACAAUAUGGUACAUUGACAGAUUUUACAAAACUCGUCAAUAAAGCAAAGGAAGUUGGCUUAAAAGUUUUGUUGGAUUUUGUACCAAAUCACAGUUCUGAUCAACAUUCAUGGUUUCAAAAUAGUAUUAAACGAAUCAAACCUUAUGAUGAUUUUUACAUUUGGCGUGAUGGUAAAGUUGUAAAUGGCACAAGAAAACCACCAAAUAAUUGGCUGAGUAUUUUUAAAGGUUCAGCAUGGGAAUGGAAUGCAGAACGAGGUCAGUACUAUUAUCAUCAAUUUGCCGUUGCACAACCGGAUUUGAAUUAUCGCAAUAAUAAUUUAAAGAAAACGAUGAGUGAUGUUCUGACAUUUUGGAUGGAUCGUGGUGUUGAAGGAUUUCGUGUAGAUGCAAUUCUUCAUUUAUUCGAGGAUGAACAGUUACGCGAUGAACCGAGAAGUAAUAUUCCUAAUGUUCCCGAGGAUGAGUACCUUUAUCUUAAUCAUACUUACACGAGAGACUUGAACGAGACUUAUGUUAUUGCGCGUGAAUGGAGAGAUCUUUUGGAUGACUAUGCGAACAAGUACAAAACGGACUCGAAAUUUUUAAUAGUCGAAGCAGCAUUAACACCACCAAUAAUGAAACAAUAUUUUGACUCAGGUUGUAAUCCUUUCAAUUUUAUCUUUGUCAAUGACUUCAAUUCGACAUCAACGGCUGUUGACUUUAAACUUGCAAUCGAUAAAUGGCUUGAUAAUGUACCAGAAGGAAAUGUAUCAAAUUGGGUCACCGACAAUCAUGAUAAUCAUCGUGCAGGUUCAAAAUUUGGUGAGAAAAAAUCUGACAUGAUUACAAUGUUAGCUCUGACUUUGCCGGGUAUCAGUGUAGUUUACUAUGGUGAUGAGAUUGGAAUGUUGGAUAAAAAUUUAACUUGGGAAGAAACUGUUGAUGUGGCAGGAUGUAAUCUUGGACCAAACAGAUAUCAUUUGGGUUCAAGGGAUCCCGAGAGAACUCCGUUUCAAUGGGAUGAUACGACGAGUGCUGGAUUUUCAACAAACAAAACAACAUGGCUUCCAGUUCAUGAGAAUUAUAAAACUCUUAAUUUGGCAAAUCAAAAACUUGCAACAAUUUCACAUUAUAAGGUAUUCAAAGCGAUGACAAUGAUGAAGAAAAAUCUUCCUAUUCUUCAGUUAGGAACAGUGGAAGUUCGUUUAAUCACGGAGAACAUUUUAGGAAUAGUUAGAAGAAUGGAGGACUCAUCGCCAGUGGCACUUUUAAUUAACAUGGGAAUAAAGGAUGAAAGUGUUGAUGCUCACACUUGGUUGAAUAUUCCCGAGGAACUUAUUACGUAUAUAGCCAGCGUUGAUUCACAAAUUCAACCAAAUACAAAAGUUAAUACCAGUGCCUUGAAAAUUCCGGCUUCAGCUUCUCUAUUUCUAGCAUCAAAAUCACAAAUUGAUUCCCUUAAACCUGAGCCAUCUCUAGCUACAUAUUCCUCAUUUGCAAAUGCUCCCUUAAUCAUAUUUAUUCUUGUUAUUGUUAAUUAUAUUAUAUUUUAGAAAUUUUUAAUUUUUUUACACUCUAAAUCUAAAUUGGGUAAAAUUUCAAUUAAUUUCAAUUAUUAAGUGACUUGCUAUGAAUUGAUUAUAAUCAACUGACUAAUAAAAAUUUUUUUUUACUAAUUCAUAGCAAAAAGUCAGUUACAAAUACAAAUUAGAAAUUUUAAUAAUUUACAUUUAGAGUGUAUAUUAAUUCAAUUUUAAUAUUUUAUAACAAAAAUUAACUGUUAAUUAUAUAGCAAUAAUAAAUAAAAAUUUUAUUAUUUAUUAUACUUUAAGUUCUUUUUAUAAAGAUAAU